CGGCCGGCAGACCGCGUCCGUCAUCGGCGGCGUCCUGACGCGGGGAAAAUGUGAGCGUGGCGCCCUGGCCGAGGCCCUGCCCGAUCCCCCCGACCGACGAGAAGGCCGAGACGGCCGCCAUGGACAUGUCCGCCCUGUGGAUCACCGUCGUCGCGCUGCUGUCGGCGCCGGCCCUGGCCGCGGCCGCACCGUGGCAGAAGGGUAGCCCCUACUUCCACACGUGCCGGCACCGUGCCAGGGUCUGGGACGACUGCGUGGCCACGACGGCCCAGGGGCUGCGGCCCCUCUUCGUGGACGGCAUCCCGGAGCUCGGAGUGCGGCCGAUCGACCCGCUGUCUGCCGACGAGAUCCACUUCAGUGAGGCUAGCGGCAAGUUCCGCGUCAACCUCAGGAUGACCAACGUCACCAUGGAGGGCUUCAGGGACUACGUCGUCACCGGCGUCCGGAGCGACCUCCAGGAGCUGACGCUGGAGAUCACCAUGAGGGUUCCCAGUCUCAACUUCCGGGCGCGGUACCACAUGGACGGCCGCUUCUUGUUCCUCGCCCUAUCCGGCGACGGCACUUGCCAGUACAACCUGACCGACGUCGAGAACGUCUUCCUCGUCAAGGGCCACCUCGUCCGCCGGGUGUCCGACGACGCCCUCCACUUCCGGGUGGCCAGCCUGCGAUGGACCAUGCGGCCCAGCAGGGGGUCGUUCCGUUUCUCCGCGCCCGAGGGCGAGCCGUCUCUGUACAGCCAGGCGACUAGCCGCUUGCUGAACGAGCAGGCCGAGGAGUCGUGGGCGUCGUUCCAGGACGCCGUGCAGCGCGGCUUUGCCGAGAUCUUCCGCGAGCGCAUCAACCGCCUCAUGAUGAACAUCCCGUACCGCCACUUGUUCCCGGCUGGAGUGCUGCCGCUGCACCUGCUGGAAGUGCCCAUGGACGACAACGAGGCCGACGAGUACCCGCCCCUCGAGUGGACCAGGCCGCCGACGACGUCCACCACCUCGACGACGACCACCACGACCACCACGCCGCCCCCUACGACCACUCCUUCUCCAACAACCAUCCCCACCCCUGAGACGACGACCACUGCCACACCCGUCACAACAACCACCACAGAGCCCACUGCAGCAUCUGCCCCAACGACUACCCCUACGACCACCCCAACAACUACGACCUCUACAGCUACCACCCAAACGACCACCCCAACGACCACCCCAACAGUCAUUCAAACGACCUUCCCUACCACCACCACCACAACUACUACAUCCUCCUCGACUUCCACGCUGCUGCGAGAAGAUGGUGCACCACUUGAAGAAGCUGAGGGAGGUCCCAGGGAUGUCUUAAGUGACCAGGUUCAGAACCAGGACCAGGAUCUGGGCGUUGCCUACGAAGCACAUUCCGAAUCGGAUGAUGUUAGGUUAGGGGAACAGGUGGACGCCGUCGUGGCAGUGGUGGAGGUGGACAGUGCAGCGCAAGGCGAGGACACCGUCAGCGGCAAGGAGGCUGACGACGCCUCCACGGCGCAGUCCGUGGAACCCGACCCCGGCGACGCACACGACGGGGACAUCGUGUCCUUGGACACGGCCUUCACGCUGGUCGCCAGCAGCAGCCCGUCGCCACCGUCACCGCCAACGAGCGCCCCGCCGGUGGAGGACGUCGUGUUCGUUCACAAGGGCCAGGAGAAGCGCACGGAGUACGUCGUGGUGGAGUUGGACGUCGCCAAAGCCGCGUCCAGCACCGCCACACCGCCUCAAGAGGAUCUCGGGGACACGAAGCACCUCGUGGUGGAGUUGUCGGACGCCGCCGAGGCCGCGUCCAACACCGCAACGCCGCAAGACGCGCUGGAGGACACGACGGAGGGCGACAACAACAUCCCCACGGGAGCCGACGAGGACGACGACCAGCUCGCUCUGAACCGUGACCUUCGCGGCGCGGCGGACGAGACUUCCUUGGAUACGGCCUCCGUGGGCACGGCCCCCGUGGGCACGGCCCCCGUGGGCACGGCCCCCGUGGACACGGCCCCCGUGGGCACGGCCCCCGUGGGCACGGCCCCCGUAGGCACGGCCUCCGUGGACACGGCCUCCGUCGACGCGGCCUCCGUCAACGCGGCCUCCGUCAACGCGGCCUCCGUCAACGCGGCCUCCGUGGACAGGGCCUCCGUCAACGUGGCUUCCGACACGGCCUCCGUCGACACCGCCUCCGUUGACUCGGCCUUCUUGGUCGCGGCCAACGCCACGGACCCAGCGGACGCCAGCCUGUCGCUGGCCGCGCUCGGGCAGGCCGUCGGUGAAGUGGCCAAGGACAUCCUCGCGGAAGCGGCCGAGGUGCUUCUGGAGGCGUGGAGGGGCGACCCCACCACGACGACGACCAGGGUGGACGAGCCGACCACGCUGUCGCCUGGGACGGCCUAGACGGCCUAGACGGCCUGGACGGCCAUGCGCGUGAGCAAGUGCAACGCAUUGCAGUGCCUCGCUGUGCAGUCGGUGGGUUCCACUCGGUGCACUUCCAGGUGCUGUCGGCCUCGCCACUACCGGAGCGCUCCCAUUCUUCGUGUGUGUGUGUGUGUGUGUGUGUGUGUGUGUGUGUGCGCGCGUGCGUGUGAGCGUGUGUACAUUGUCCGUGUGUGAGUGUGCGAUCGUGCAAACGUGAGAGGAGGGGUCAUCUUCAGAACGGUGCUUUGCCUCCCCAUGCCAAACAUGAGAAUCGGUAUGAAGCGAAAGACGUUAUUUCUAGUCUCACAUUUUAGACUGUUUUUACAUAGCGGUUAAGAAUUGGAGCGUGUAAGUUAGUAAUGUGAUACCUGAUGUUGAGAGGUGGCCGGACGAGACUCCCCAAGUGCCAUAUUCCCCCGUCAUAGAAGACGUUAUGUAGUUCUAUGUGGAAGCACGAGUUAAGCAAUAAAUACACAUUUAUAAAUCUAA